CCUGUUCAGAGGGCGCUUUCAACAGAAGACAUUUCUUACUAGGGUUGAUUUCGAAUUUUUCACCUCUCGUAAUGUUUUAUUUCAACGUUUAUUCAUAAGUAUUACUCAAGAAGCCAAGAUGGUGUCGGCCAUUUUAUCAAGGUUUGUCAUAUUGGUAUGUGGGACACUGUAUCCAGCCUACGCCUCCUACAAGGCCAUCCGCACCAAAAAUGUGAAGGAAUAUGUAAAAUGGAUGAUGUACUGGAUAGUAUUUGCCAUUUUCUUGUCAGUGGAGACAUUUUCGGAUGUGCUUUUAUCAUGGCUGCCAUUUUAUUACGAGGUAAAAAUGGUGUUUGUGAUAUGGAUGCUGUCUCCAAUAACCAAGGGAUCCAGUUAUCUUUACAAGAAGUUUGUACAUCCACACUUGGUAAAGAGAGAAAAGGAAAUAGAUGAAUACAUAUCCCAGGCAACAAAGCAGGGCUACUCCACCCUAAUGACCCUGGGUCAACGAGGCCUUACUUACGCCACAAAUGUUGUGGUGAAAACAGCUAUACGGGGUCAGACUACACUAGUAGAACAUGUACGUAAGAGUUAUAGCACUAACGACCUAAGAGUUCCAGACGACUCUCAGAAUGCUCCAGGAAAUCUGAUGGAUAGCGAUGAAGAAUUCGAAAUACAAGCUGAGAACAUUAACGAUGAGCGACUUUCUGAAGACAACAGAGAGAUAGAGAGGAGGAAAGACAAGAGAAAACUACACAGAAGUUCGAGUGAUGUCACAGAUAGCCGGUCUGUCAGGCCACUGAAGGCUCCAGGUCUUUCCAAGUUGGAGGAAGAGGAAGAAGAGCAAAUUUCAUACUCAGAAGAAGUGUAUUACACACAAAACUACUAUAGCCCAAAGGAUCACAAGAAUGACCCGUACGGAACAUUACCUCGCACACGAGCUAGAACGAGAUCCAAGCUUCACCAAUGACCGCCAUUGCACUCCCUGCAUACAACCAAGACAUGUCCUGUAGUCACAAAAACAGAGGCUGUUGUCCGUUAUAUAUUCCUACAGAUCAGCAACCUUAAACCU